AUGACAACAUUUGUGUUGGCUUUGCUAGCAUUUCUAGCAGUAUUUUGUACAACUCAUGUUGUCAGCAAUAAACAUGAUUCUUUGUACGUUAAUAUCACAAUACUCCAAAGCGCAACUACCCAAGGUGCAGUAUGUCUUGAUGGAAGUCCACCAGCAUAUCAUCUGGAUAGGGGAUAUGGUACUGGACUUCGCCGCUGGAUUAUCUACUUGGAUGGAGGUAGUUGGUGCGAAAGUAUCCCAGAUUGCCUUGAUCGUUCAACUUCGUCCUUAGGUUCUUCCAACCAUAUGAAACAACGAGGUUUUUUCGCCGGUAUACUUCACAAUACUUCUAAACAAAAUCCAGAGUUUCACAAUUGGAACAGGGUGAGGGUGAAGUAUUGUGAUGGUUCAUCUUUCACUGGAGAUGUUGAACAAGUUCACUCUGAGCACAAGUUGUAUUUUAGAGGGGCAAGAAUAUUUAAGGCUAUUAUGGAAGAUUUAUGGAGGAAAGGAAUGAAAAGCGCUGAAAAUGCAAUUCUAUCGGGAACAUCAGCAGGAGGGUUGGCAACAAUCUUGAACUGCGACAAGUUUAAAUGCCUCCUUCCAGAGAGUGCUAAAGUAAAAUGUGUCGCGGAUGCUGCCUUCUUUAUCAAUAGCAAGACAAUCUAUGGUACUUCAUAUAUUCAAGAAAUGUAUCGAAAAAUUGUUAACCUACAUGGAUCAGCUAAGAAUUUGCCGUCAGCUUGCACGUAUGUAAUGGAGCCAAGUCUGUGCCUUUUCUCUCAGAAUGUUAUUCCAUACAUUCAGACUCCACUUUUCAUAAUCAAUUCAAUUUAUGAUUCCUGGCAGGUCAAGUAG